AUGUUGCUUUCGACUCUAGGAUUAGAUAUAGCUAUAGAUAUUCAACAAUUCAAUAAUAUAAACGAGGCGUCGUCUGAGUGUUGCAAGUUGCGAGCGGUGCGGGCCAGCGGAGGAAUGCGACAGGUAACCGAUUCCUGGAAGGCCGCGGCCCGUUACCGCGCCGAAUAUCUCCGGCAGUCAAACGCGCCGACAAGUGCGCGGCCACUUGCGACAACGUGCGAUGCACCGACCCCCCGGCCCCCCCUUCUUGCACCGGCUAGGGCUGCCGCUGACUUUGGUGUUAGUGGGGCUUGGCGCAUCCCUAGCUGCUGCAUUCCAAGCGACAUCGAGUUAGAACCAGUCGAACGGUCCGCAUUCUAUCAGCACCAUUCGGACCUUCUUCGCCUAACAUUCGUCGCUUUAUGCCUCCGAUAUGGAUUCCACGAAUACUCCGAUAUGCCACUUUUUGGCCACGCCGUAUCCGUACUGUAUCGUACCCUGGGAAAUCGGCACGUUACUGAAUACGUAUUCAGCAGAGGGCCUGUUAUGAUACAAUGCCAGCAAAUUAUCAAACGAAAUUCCGAUUAUAUUUGUAGAAUGACCACAAUAGAUGUAUAA